UUUCACCAGGAAGGUAUUUCAGCUGACACGAUGCGAUCAAUGUUUUGACCCAGUCAUUAGUUGUCGCGUGUGUAUAUAUGUCCAUGCACCACCUUUAUAGACCACGCACCAGCUUCAUUAGCUUACAAUUGUUUUCGCUUGGCGAAGCUGUGUUGGCUCACGAUGACUCUGGCUAUCCAGAAAUGGUUUUGCGUCCUGAUUCUGUAUAUGUUCUCUCAUGACGUUGUUGCAAAAACAGUUAGGAGCAAUGUUCUCUUCAUCAUGGCUGACGAUUUGAGACCAACAUUAGGAUGCUACGGGGAUCCUAUUGUAAAGUCACCAAACAUUGAUCAACUUGCCUCUAAAAGUAACGUCUUUCUCAACGCAUAUGCCCAGCAAGCAGUGUGUGCACCAAGUCGGACCUCCUUACUAACAAGUCGUAGACCUGACACAACCCGGUUAUAUGACUUUAACUCCUACUGGAGAGUGCAUGCGGGGAACUACACCACUCUCCCUCAGUACUUCAAGUCAAAGGGCUACACCACCAUGUCUGUUGGAAAGGUUUUUCACCCAGGCAUAGCCUCUAAUCACUCAGAUGAUUACCCGUACAGCUGGUCUGUACCUCCUUAUCAUCCUCCCUCUUUCAAGUAUGAAAAUAUGAAGGUUUGCAAGGGCAGUGAUGGCAAACUGCAUGCCAACCUGUUGUGCUCAGUUAAUGUGUCUGAAACCCCUCUUGGGACACUGCCAGACAUGGAGAGCACAGAGGAGGCCAUCAGGCUGCUCAAGUCCACAAGGGAUUCUGGCAAGAAUUUCUUUCUGGCUGUUGGAUUCCACAAACCUCACAUUCCCUUCAGAAUCCCACAGGACUUCUUGACACUCUAUCCCCUGGAUAAGAUGAGCCUGGCUCCAGACCCUGACGUUCCUAAAGGCCUCCCCAGUGUGGCCUACAAUCCCUGGACUGACAUCAGGAGAAGGGAAGAUGUCCAAGCUCUAAACAUCAGCUUCCCAUAUGGGCCAAUCCCAAAAGAUUUCCAGCUCCAGAUUCAACAGCACUAUUAUGCAUCUGUGUCAUACCUGGACUCCCAAGUGGGUCGGUUGUUGAAUACUCUGGAUUAUCUUGGCCUGGCUGAAGACACUGUUGUGGUCUUUACAUCUGACCAUGGCUGGUCACUUGGGGAGCAUGGAGAAUGGGCCAAAUACAGCAACUUUGACGUGGCCACUCGCAUUCCACUAAUGUUCUACGUAGCAGGUGUGACUGCAGUCCGUCCUCGGCCAGAGACCUUCCCUUACAUUAAUGUGUUUGGCCCAACACCGCAUCGCUUCACACGAGGAGGAACAGUGAGCAACGUGAACGAGCUGCUAGAUAUCUUCCCCACUGUGUCUGUACUGGCUGGGCUGAAGCCCCCGCUCCCCUGUCCCGACAACUCCUUUGACGUGGAGCUCUGCACCGAGGGACACGACCUGGCCUACACCUUCAACGACGACAACCGCAAGAAGUCUGAGGCCAUUGCCUUCAGCCAGUACCCCCGGCCCGCCGACACCCCCCAGGAAAACUCCGACCUGCCCGACCUGAAGGACAUCCGGAUAAUGGGCUAUUCUCUGCGCUCCUGGGACUAUCGCUUCACCGUGUGGGCGGGCUUCGAUCCAGCUAGCUUCCAGGCUAACCUGUCAGACGUGCAUGGUGGGGAGCUGUACCUCCUGGAGGAAGACCCAGGCCAGGACCACAACCUGUACAACACCUCUGAGCACAGCCUGCUGCUCUGCAAGCUGGGCCAGGGCCAGCAGCCCUGGGCACAGACCCUCAAACAACACCUCCUAUACCUCACUGCAGGGAAUAAAUCUAAAGGGAUGGCAUGAUGCUUUGUGUAAUGAACUAUUUUGCUGUGUUCAUAAGGGAUAUUUCCAUUCUAGGCACGUGCCUAUCUGGAUUGUUUCAGCUUCUAUUGGCACUUUAAGUUUUUAGGUGUAAUCCUUGUCUUAGCAGUUCAGGUUUCUGAAUGUUGAUGGUGAAUUUCAAUGGCAAGAAUUUGACAUCAGCUCUAAAUUGAACCUAACAACUCCAAUAGAUCACUGGUUAUCAGUAUGUUAGUUUGAGAUCAGACUUAUUUAUCAAGCAUAAGGUAAUGUACUGUAACAAACUGCUGGUGAAAUGUGUAUUUAUAUAGGGAGAGAUCAUUAGGGCCAACAUGGUGGUGUUGGUAACAUGCUGUACUGUAAAACUAUCCAUGUUCAUACUUUGCACAUAUAUAUAUUUUUAAAUGUUGUACCAAAUUCAUCCAAAUAAGCAUAUCCUUUUUUUUUGAGGGGGGGGGGGAUAAUCUUGUCAAUGUACAGUAGAAGGAAAAAUACUGGUCCUCACGGAGGAUCCACCCCAGUGUGUUCAGGGCCAGCAGACAGGCUUCAUUGCCAGCUGGGCUGGAAAAUUCCAUUCUUGUUUUUUGCAGUCUAAACGUGAGGUCAGGCCAGUUGGAGAUGGAUCCAUGGGCUGCUUGACGCUUGUUUUAAUUGCUUGCGCCAAAGGGGAAUUGCAUUUGUGCUCAAACUUUAUCUGUGAUUUUAAUUCUCUUUCAACUCCUGUUUCCAAAUUCUGCUAGAAUGUUCCCCAUUUAGGUUCCUUCCUCUGUGAAUGAGGCAGUGUCUUUCAGCUCCCAGACAGUGUUAUCUGGCGAAUGUGCAACUCCUCAAACAUAUUGUCCAAAAAUAAUUAUUCUUACCACUCAACUAAUCCUAUAUACAAAUGUGUAUUCUUCACUACUUAUUUCAUAAGAGUGGAUCUACUGAAGUAGUGCGUACACUAAAAUUGGUUAAUUUGACUUUAAUCUGUCAGGCACUGACACUCAACCUUGAGUUGCACCACCAUCCUGAUGUAAUAGGACAGGGGAGCGCUUCAUUGACUCACACAGGAAUGUUUUUCCCCUUAAGUAGACAAUGUGACCUAACUCUGAUAGACGAUGGACUUUAACCAUGCAAACCUGUUAAUAUGUUUAAACAAGGAAUCAAUGUGGAUGUGGUAAUGGGUCACUGCUUAAGAUAAUUAUUACUUUGAUACAACCAUGUGAUAUCUGUGUGGUGAAUGAAUGUUAUACAUCCAGCGUUGGUUUUGAAAAUCACAUGCAGAUUGGUCAGUUGUGUUUAGGAAUCAAUCCCCAUUUGUCGGUAUUAAGAAAUCCAUAUCAAAUUAGUGUCACUUUGUCUUGCUGAUUCAGAUGCACCUUAUUAGGGUAGCGGGUAAUGGCAAUUUAUUCAUGAAAAAAAUGCUUGAUGACGAUUAAUGAAUUGAGAGAAUGUUGCUGAAAAACCGAUCUUUGUUUUAGAAACGCAACUCCCAAGUUGCAGCAGCAGGACCUUGCUGGAGGAGGGAGAGUAGAGACUUGUAUAGCAGCCCAAUGUCAAACCCAUACAAGCCAGCUGGACUGUUAGGAACUAGUCUGCCAGUGUAAUAGGUGUCAAUCAGAGCGACUUGGAGAUCAUUAUGAGCGAGAGCUCGCUCAUGAAGUGCUCAUUCUUUUGAACGUUGCCUGUCUCCACAGUCUGGUAUUGAGAUUGGUUAUGGCUCACAGCAACUAUUCAAAACAACUGGCCUACACCAGCAAUUCAUUAUGAACCUAGAUUUACAAAAAUGACCAAUGUUAUGUUUUAUCAUUGAUUUAGUGUAUCUUAUUUGUCUGUCCUUGCCUGCAGAAUAUGGUAAUUAGAAACUAUAUUAUUCCUCAAACUCAAAACUGCAUUAUACGUACAGUAUGUAUAUUUGUUUGCAUGAAAUGCACUAUGUCUCGUGGGCAAAUGUGCCUUGUCCUUGUAGCUUGACUGAGAGGAGCAGCUGGUAGACAGUGUUUAUCUCCAGCGGGUGUUGUACUGUAGGAUAUGGCUGGUAGACAGUGUUUCUCUCCAGAGGGUGUUGUACUGUAGGAUAUGGCUGGUAGACAGUGUUUCUCUCCAGAGGGUGUUGUACUGUAGGAUAUGGCUGGUAGACAGUGUUUCUCUCCAGAGGGUGUUGUACUGUAGGAUAUGGCUGGUAGACAGUGUUUUCUCCAGAGGGUGUUGUACUGUAGGAUAUGGCUGGUAGACAGUGUUUCUCUCCAGAGGGUGUUGUACUGUAGGAUAUGGCUGGUAGACCGUGUUUCUCUCCAGAGGAUGUUGUACUGUAGGAUAUGGCUGGUAGACAGCAGUGCUCCAGUGAAUGGUGUGGUAGAUAUUACAGCCCAGGAUCUGAUGCCCUCCAUCUGGCCUAGUGAGGCAGAGCGCCAGCCAGGCCAGCAGAGAGUCUAUGCCCCCCUCCUCCCCUCCCUUUUCAUCACCCUCUCUCCUGGCACAGUGAAGCUGAGAUGUAGCCCACAGCCAGAGCAGAGGACUAUCUCAGUAGUGAUCAUGUUGACAGCUGUGUUUAACAGAGCCGCCUGGGAUAGGAGACAAGUGGUCACUACUAUGCUCUCAACAUACAGUAGCAAUAAGGGGAUAUUUCAGUGUUGAUAAUGGAUGGCUUCCAAAAGCCCUUAUACGUCUCAAAGAAUACAAUGCUUUUGUUUGUAAGAUUUUAUUUAUAUCCUGAACAAAAAUGUAAAGGCAACAUUCUACAAUUUCAAAGGAUUUAUGGAGUUAUAGUUCAUGUAAGGAAUUCAUGUCAGUCAAUUGAAAUAAAUUCAUUAGGCCCUAAUCUAUGGAUUUCACGUGACAGAAGGGGCGCAGCCAUGGGUGGGCCUGGGAGGGCAUAGGGCCUACCCACUUGGGAGCCAGGCCCAGCCAAUCAGAAUUCGUUUUUCCCUAAAAAGGGCUUUAUUACAGACAGAAAUACUCCUUAGCACCCCCCUCCCACACACACACACAAUUCCCUAAAACAAUGUUGGAGGCGGCUUAUGGUAGAGAAAACAACAUUACAUUCUCUGGCAACAUCUCCUGUAGUCAGCAUGCCAAUUGCACAGUCCCUCAAUUUGAGACAUCUGUGGCAUUGUGUUGUGUGACACAAAAAAAACACUUACACUAUUGUACUGGCCAGUCCUUUAAAUAGACCUACUAUCUGUGACUCUUGUUUACCCGACUGUCUGUGUAUUUAAUAAGAGUAACUUCAAAGAUGCAUAAUUCGUCUUUUUUGUACCUCUUUUUCUACUGACAGCUACCAUAUGUUUAAUUUCAGUCAUAAACAUUUCCAUGGAGAUGCAUUACAAAGUAAAACAGAUCCAGAGUUGACGCUCCAUGUGAAAACAUUCCAUAUCAGACAAUUACGUGAAGUUUCCUCUAAGAUUUUCAUACAAACAUAAUAUUGCUGUCUGAAAUUGUUAUUCAAAUGUGUGUGCCAAUAUCAAUUAAUAUGCAAAAGUAUUUUUUUGUGGUGAAUUUGCUAUAGGUUUUAUGAAUAAAGAUGACCCAAUUUCCGAAA